AUGGAGGGGACACAGUGUGGGACGGAAUCGCUGACACCGUUAGUGGGCGAUUGUGAGCUGGUGCUGCAGCGAUCUACCAGCUAUGAGCCACCCAUGUAUCUCUACCCGGAGUUACUUCCCAAGGUUCCGGAAGGCACAGCACCCUUUUCUGUUGGUGAUGCGGUGUCAGAUGCGGUCGACGUGGAGGCGUCAUCCCUUAACAUAGCGGAGCUGUUUCAUUUGUUUCCAGUGGGACCGAACGAGGAGAUGGGGGGUUCCCAAGUGGGGGAUGCAGAUGGCACGGGAUCGGCCACAGCUCCUGUGUCUCCUGCACCCAUGACGACGCUGGCCGCACUGUUGGCUGCAGAUCGCCUUCAGGUAGCUGGUCUCUCGGCGGAGAUGUUGCAGCGAGGGAGGUUUUCCUCUGGAUCCAUCAUAGAAGAACUGAUGAAACUCAAAGACCGUGCGCAACUGAACGAUACUGAGGCGAAGGCUCUCAUGUCAAACCAUUUUAUUAACGUUCUCGCUUGGCGAACACUGAUUGAAGUCAACAAUCGGACUUUGACAGCCGUGCAGCGGGAACCCACGCCUGAAUGGCGUCGCAGUCGCGUACGACCACGCGAAGAGGCAACAGAAGAGCUUGAUAUUGGUGCGCAGCAGCCCUCGGAUGAUCCAUGGAGCACAAGUAUUGAUCUGAAACCUGGAGUCUUUGUCGCUGCUGCAGAACAAAAUGUGGAAAAACGGAUCGAGCUUAUUGAGACACUGAGUGCCCUUUAUCGCCGUCCAUGGAGAACUUUGCAGUCACGUGGAAUACAGACAGAACAGUUUACACCUGGCUUCAUCAAUGAAACAGCUCCCUAUGUAGACCCUAUCAAGCUUCCUGCUGCCAUGCUGGAUCCUGAGAAGGAUCUUGGAUGGAAACCCUCGGCUGUAGAGGAGGUUUCAGCUAGUUGCUGGGAAUUGCGGCUGACUUCUUCCAGCACCACAGCCUCUGAAGUGAUUCCGUUGCGAGGACGCUUCAUGCACUUUGGGCGCAACGCUGGUGUCACAAGUGCCGCACAUGGUACUGUGACAAACGUUCAUGUCGGACUCUCCACCUAUACAAACCACCCUGAAUUUAUCUCACCCCAUCAUUUUUCGCUAGCGGUCCUCUCAGCAGAGACUGCAUGGAAUUCUGGCGAGGCAUGCGCUGCGGUGAAGCAUGAGGCCGAUGGGAAUCUGGAAAAUGGUACGGAGGGACAUUCACUUUGGCUCAUGAACUAUGGGCGUAACGGCGUUCGCGUUGUUGGAAAACAAUGGACGCUUGGAGGCAUGGUCCGCCUGGAAUCCGGAUACAUUCUUCAACCCACCGAUGACAUCCAUAUCUUGGUUUGUGGGGGCGGCGGCAACACAACAGAGGAGGUGUCGGGGGACGAGAAGGCGCCUACCUUCAGUCCCGAGAUAAAGACUGAGGAAUAA